UCUCGAGCCUUUGGAAGCAAUCCAACCUUAUCAUGACCCCUCCAAGAAUCUUCCUGGCCCUUCUCUUUAUCGCCCCUCUCUACGCUUCAGCGUUUGUUGGGGUUCUGCCGGCAUCCUUGGCAUCGCUUCAGCGAGGAGCCUCAUCAAGUGCUAGGAUGAUGAGCGCGCCAUUCGAGCUACCCAAGGUACCACAAGAAGAGGCUGUGGUUGCUUUCGACGAUGCUGUGGUUAAUCAGGAGUUGCCCACGUUGGUCUACUUCCACGCGAAGUGGUGUGGCCCGUGCAUUAUGCAAGGGCCAGUGUUUGAGCAGAUCGCAGAGGAGUUCGACGGGAAGGCGAAGGUCGUGAAGCUUGACUGCGACAGCCACCAAUUUCUGAUGAACAAGUACCGAGUGCGGGGCUUGCCUUACACGGCGCUUUUCCACGACGGAAAGGUGAUCGCAAGGCACGAAGGACAUCUCGGAUACGACGGGCAGGUCGAGUUUUUGCGGAAGGUGCCGGGCUUUGAGUAACAUGUUGGAGGCAUCGACUGGGAUGCAGAAGAGAGAGCAAGAGGGAAAGGCUCGAUGACAGACCUGGCCUAUUUUCUGCCUCUACUGUAAAUUUAGGCAAUAUUUUUUGCAGGGGUCUUCCUCUUUCGUGGUGUGGCCACUGCGCCUCAACAUGCAUGAUGCCCAAUGGUGUCAGUGAGUGUUGAUUUGCGAGGUUCGGUCGUAGAAGGUGGUGUUGGUGUUCUCAGUUGUUUUUCGGAGUAUGAGUGUGAUAGAGUAAAAAGCGCAAUAGAUUUUUUUGUGUUAUGGCCGUACUGGGCGGCGCAGCAGUGUUUUGCGAAAGCCAUAUCUCAUAUUGCAUACCGUUGGCAGUGCAGAGUUACCCAAUCCUACACGAUAGGGUGCGAUUGACCUCAAGUAUCGAAGCAUCUUCUCCAGUCUGGGGACCGUGGAUGUUGCCCUUACGAUGUAGUGCUGUACGCUUUUUAUGCCCAUACGUAAGGCAAGGUCUCAAGUUCAUGUAGUUGAUAUUUACAGCCCCUGGUUGGAUUGGGAAACCUUACAAGUGCAGUAUGCAAAUCGUUACUUUGGUGGGGGAGGGUCGAUACAAUCCAGCCCUUUUUGUGCUUCAAGGGCGACAUGUCCUAUCCCGAAGCGGGUUUUAGUCUUGCGGUAUGAACCGUGUUCGAGAGUGAGAGGUCAUAGGUAAAUGCAAUAAACUUAUCCAUCG